CAAUGCAAGCGGCGUAUUUAUAAUUUUUCUAAAAACCUUGUAUGUUUGUAAAAAGCGUAUUGUAUUUUGUUAAGUAAAAUAAAAUUUAAACUACCAGUAAAGUAACAAGUUUUGUGCUAACUUGUGUUCAAAAACUUGCUAUAUCAAAGCAUUAGCAAGCUCAACACUAGCCCUAUUUUGUCUAAAAUUGUUUCUCAACAACAAUGGAUAUCAGACCAAAUCACACCAUAUACAUAAACAAUCUCAACGAAAAGAUAAAAAAGGAGGAGUUAAAGAAGUCUUUGUAUGCUAUAUUUUCACAAUUCGGUCAGAUUUUAGACAUUGUUGCUAUGAAAACAUUGAAAAUGAAGGGCCAAGCAUUUGUAAUUUUCAAAGAAAUCUCAAGUGCGACUGUUGCCCUUAGAAGUAUGCAGGGAUUCCCGUUUUAUGAUAAGCCAAUGAGAAUCCAAUAUUCUAAAACAGACAGUGAUGUUAUAUCAAAAAUAAAGGGUACAUUCCAAGAGAGGCCCAAGAGGCCAAAGAUGCCCAAAAUGACUGAUGAUGCCAAAAAGAAGAAGAACAAGGAGAAUCGUCCAGCUAUUCCUGGUUUCGGUCAACCAAUAAUGAACAAUGUCAAUGUCGAACAACCACCUAACCAGAUUCUAUUCUUAACCAACCUUCCAGAUGAAACUUCGGAAAUGAUGUUGUCUAUGUUGUUUAACCAAUUUCCUGGUUUUAAAGAGGUACGUCUGGUACCCAAUAGACAUGAUAUUGCCUUCGUUGAGUUUGCCAAUGAAAUGCAAUCUGCCGCUGCCAAAGAAGCUCUGCAAGGUUUCAAGAUUACUCCCACACAUGCAAUGAAGAUUACUUUUGCUAAGAAGUAAUGUUAGAAUAAGAUUUGUGAAUAAAGUUUUAAGUAUUA